AUGUCCGAGUCUGAGGCCGGUUCCGACAGGUCCAACACUAAGCGGGACAGAGCUGACGGUAUUUCGAACGUCAAUGUUGAUGAAACAAUCAACGUCGAUGCCGGCCUCGCGAACAACAAGUCGCUCAUGUCACCCACAGCUUCUGUCCACGAUACCCGCUCUCGUGAGCUCGGUGAUGAGGAUGACGCGUGCAUUGCUUCUGGACAAGAUCACUUCACUGAGCCGCCCCAAACUGAAGGCGUCGCCGUCAAUGUCCCGCCUAUUGAUCCGCUUCUAGCAAAUCUUACUUUCGACAACGAUGACAUGCCCAUUGAUUUCGAUGCUGGAAAAAUCGUAUCCGCACCGUCCUCAUUAUUUGGCAUUCCGUUCGAAACCACUGACUGGCUCAACUGUGAUAUCGACCAGUCCUUCUCGCCUCUCUUUCUCCAAAAUGACCUCUCUUUACGUGCUAUAAAUGACACUUGGUUUGACCAAACUUUUCAUCAUUUGCCUCAGCAUGAACAGCAACAGCAGCAUCCUAUGAUAUCGCUGCCCACACCGGCCUCUUCGAUGAUGGAUCAGUCAGCAGUCGCAGAGCUGUAUAGCCGUAGUCACUCACCAUCCAUCGACAAGGAUGCUGUUGAACCUAGGGAGUAUUUGCCAGUCGCCAUCGAGGUCGACGCGCAGCUGACUCUCCCUGAUCUUUCUUAUCUUACCGCGGAAGACGUUGAUCAGGAAAACUUGGCUCACGUGGAUGAGAUUUCCGAACAUGUCAGCCAGAGAGCAGCUCAGGCGGUCAUGGACAUGCAGAAUAGCAGCAACUAUCCGCGCUUCAGGCAUGUGUCGAUCCCCCCAACGCAUGCCUUGAAUGCUUGGGUGCAGCUGUACUUUGAGUACUUUCACCCAAUCUUGCCUAUUUUGCACAAGUCGACCUUUUCUUCACACAAGCAACACUGGCUGCUUGUUUUCACGGUGGCUGCGAUUGGUGCGCAAUUCUCUAGUAUAACAGAAAGCCUGACUUGCUCAAGAGCAAUGCACGAGAUCAUUCGUCGACAAAAGCUAUGGAUGUCCCAGACCAUCCUUCUCAAUCACAUCGGCCUUCGAUAUGGCGGUGAGCGCAGGUCCUUGGAAAUUGCAGAGGUCCUGCAAGCCUUACCGGUGACUCUUGGACGGAGAAAGCGCCUCUUUACCGAUAUGUUUCCAUUGAACAAGUUCGGCCAGCUCCAGUUGCCACGCACGCAAAAGUGGCAGAUCUGGCUGCUUGAUGAAGAACGGCGGAGGGCUGGAUUUGCAAUCUGGCUCUUGGAUUCAGCGUUUGAUGCGCAUUUUGACCUCCCGGGUCUAAUGAAUCUCUCCGAGCUACAGAUCUCGCUACCUCAGCCGGACGACUGCUGGAAUGCAUCGACAGCCCAGUGCUGGGCGAGCUUCUCCAAUGUCGGCAACUCCGGUGCUAAAGGACUUCCGACCAUGGAGCGCGUGAUUGCCGAUGAUAGUUGGCGGUCUACUUGGUCAAGAACUAACACCCUGGGCAAGCAGGUGAUGUUGCAAUAUCUUUCCAAUGUCAUCAAGGAUCAAAUCGCAAACCAGCCCGGCACUCUGAGUUUCUCUCGCCAUAAUGGUCCAAUGGCCUCAAACAUAGUAACCGACCUUCUAGCGCUUGUUGAGAACGACCAGGGAGAACAAUCCGUCGACGAGGCCAAGGCAACCACAGCACACCAGUUGAUGGCCCUGACUGCUUUGAUGACCCAUAACACCCCCAUCCAAAAUCUUCUACCCAUUGUCGUCAGAGACAUUUAUGGAAAGCUUGACGACUCGGAUCGGGCGCAAAUCAGAGACCGGUGGAAGAGCGCACCGCGCCAGGGAAGGCUGGGAUGCUUCCAUGCGGCACGAAUCCUUCAUGUUGUGCGGUCCAGUCGCUGCUCACACUUCGGGGCACCUGUCUGGUUGUUGCGCGCUGUGCUAGUUCUAUGGCUUUACUCGACCAUCGUAGAGCGUUUUCCGGAUGGGUUUCUGUAUCCCCACACGGGCCCUGCUGUGGUACUGGGACCGAAAUCGCUCGAUACCAUGGGGAAUACUGUCUGGAUCGACAGUGGGUGGAGCCGAGUCAAGCUACCGGGCAUCGGCAACUUGUUGUGUGCAGAGGGCCGGACCAAGUUGCUGGAUGAUGCGGUGGUGCUGAUGAAAUCAUUGAAGGGCUGGGGCAUCAGCACUAUAUAUGCACAGAUCCUUCUACGUCUCCGAGCUAAGGAGGCAACAUCUAAAACAGAAGGCGAUAAGCUAGCAUAA